AUGGCCCCCGCACUGCCUGACGAUAUCUUGCACGUGCUUUGCGAGGAGUUGGCAAAUCUUCGACAUUUCGAUACACUCUUCAAUUGCGCUUGCGCUAGUCGUGUACUUGCAGUACCUGCACUGACUAACUUGUACCGGUCACACCACGAAGCACCGAUUCGAGGUGGCGGAGAUGAUGCUUUAGGCCAGCCACUUGCCCAAAAGCUCUUGGUCACCCAGCGAUGGUCUAUAUUGUGGAGAUCCAUCAUCGCUUCGAGUCUGAAUACUACACUCUUCCCUUACUGUCGCUACAUCAAGACCCUCGACUUUCGCGACCUUGGCAAUCUCUUUGGCGAUGAUCAAUUUCGCAACAAAAUCUCGAAGCAGUUCUUUUCCGGUCCUCUGAAGCAAUUCGAGAGAACUAGGAAAUGGCAGAGUGCUUCUGGCAAGAAGAUGACCGGUUUGAUGGACGCCGAUACUAUCGAGGCAAUCGGAGAAGCCGUCACACAACAUACACCCAUGCUCGAAACAAUUAGUGGCGAAUUGAAAUCAGAAGCGCUCGUCCGCUGGACCUCUCGAUUGCCGCGUUUACAGUGCCUGGAGCUCUUCGACGGUAAACCUCUUGAAAACCCACUGGUCCAUGCAUCACUUCAUGAGCAUUGUUCGAACUUCAAUUCACUUAUGAUCUACACAUGGUCUCUGCCAGAUCUGGACGACCGCGACCACAAAUUCGCCGAAUUCCUAAGCUCAAUGCGGGCUAAUUCACUGAAGUCACUUCAAACAAUGCACGACAUAGGAGCUGAUGCACAAACAUUUUUGGCAUUGAGCCACCACGGUGGCUCAUUGGAAGAUCUUGGGAUGUACACCUCAAAUGAAUCUUUGUCACACUUGUCUAUGCUUCAAGGUUGUACAGCUCUCAGACAGCUGCGUAUUGAGGACACUCAUGGCGUAGUGGAUCUUCAGGCAACUCAGAAUGAUGUGUACUUGGAAACAAUAGCCUGGCUGAGCAAAUGCAAGGACCUGCGUAGCAUUCGGUUUUCGAACUUUGCCUCCGGGGCAUCUAUCAUCACUCCUGUGCUCUUCGAGCACGACAUGCGACUCGAGCAUCUAGAAAUCGAUUCAUACAUUCUCAAGGACCACAAGACGUUCCAUCAAGCGCUCGUCCAGCAGCAGGCAAACUUGGUGGAACUCACAUUGAAUGGAGAGUCAGAGGGCAUGUUCCGCGACGAUCUCGAUAUACUGGUCGAUUCAUUGAAACAGCUGAAGGCGCUGCAGCAACUUUCGUUGACACUAUUGGAGGUGCUGCGCGACGAGCACAUCAUUGCUAUUUUCCAGGACCUGAAGCAGCUCGAGACAAUCUACGUCACCGGCUUGGAGCUGAACGAUGUCAUACUGCCGACCAUAGGAGCAUUGCCAAACUUGCGAGAUGUCACCCUUUCAGGUAUCUCCAAAUUUUCAGUCGAUGGCCUUUUCGAUUUCAUCUCAAUGCUUGGUUCCGGGAACCAAGGUAUUCGCGUCACAAUCGACCAGGCAGACCCCGACACUGCGCUUACCGACGAAAAUCAAACAGUGCUAAGUGACUAUCUUACACAGCAGGUAGGAGGUACAUUUGACUACACAUUGUACAGAGAUCCAUACAUUUCAGAGUUCGAGGGCGACUCAGACUGA